CAAAGGUAGCAUGCACGAAGAACUAUGAGCACUGGAGUAAGACCCUUAUCAAUGUCAAGGUCAACUCGACCACGACCCUGCCACUGAUUCCAGAGUUGGAGACCGCAUGUCCAGCCGUCUUAGAUUCGGAAGUGAAUUGUAUUGCUUUAAAAGAAUUGGAUAUUAUGGCUCAGUGUCAAACAAGUGUUGAAAUUUAUGCGAACUUCACCCUUCAAUGUAGGGCCUCAAACAUCAGCGAGACAUGUCUAACCGAACAAUGUGGUCCCACUGUUGCGUCCUUCUACGUACACCUGUUUGCAUUCUUUCGAUGCAGUUCUAUUUUUUCAGAAAAUUGUUACACCAAACAAUGCCUGAAUGGGGCCACGUGCCAAUUACACGUUGGUUUCGUCACGUGCGUGUGUCCUGUGGGUUAUACGGGGUCACGAUGUGAAACAGAAAUUCUGGAAUGUUUGUCCAAUCCCUGCAAGAAUGGAGCAACCUGUUCGGAACUGAUAGCCGGAUAUCGGUGUAACUGUGCCAAGGGGUUUACAGGGACGAACUGCGAAGCAGAUAUUCUGGAAUGUUCUUCCAAUCCCUGCAAGAAUGGAGCAACCUGUUCGGAACUGAUAGCCGGAUAUCGGUGUAACUGUGCAAACGGGUUUACAGGAACACACUGCGAAGCAGAAAUUCUGGAAUGUUCGUCCAACCCCUGCAAGAACGGAGCAACUUGUUCGGAACUGAUGGCCGGAUAUCGAUGUAGCUGUGCAAACGGGUUUACAGGAACGAACUGCGAAGGAGGUUCUAAAAGCCAUAUUGCAUAUCAUUGA